ACCUAACAAACAAUUUUGAUUUUGACAGCUGAGUGUUGUAUAUAAUUUUGUAUUUUUAAGGUUUUUAAAUAUUUUUUCGAUUUUACAUGAAGGAAAUAAAGAUAUUAAUUAAUUUUUAUAAUUUUUUUUCGAAAUAACUAUUAUUUUAAAGUGUUUAAGAAGAAUCUUAUCUCGAAUUAUUAUUAUUAUCAUCAGUAGCAGCAUAUAAAUGUUUUUAUCACAUACAAUCACAUAGAACAGACGUCAACGUCUUAUUGGGUAAAAACUACACGUGGAAACUUUGAAAUAGUUCUUCAUAAUAAAGUCGUGGAGAUUUAAUCCAUGUGAUGAUUUAUUUAGAAUAAGUGAUUAAAAAUAAAAAGUUUAUAUUCCGACAUAACCUAGAAAACGUUAAGGAGUUUAAAUUUAAUUAAUAGUUAAUUAAUUAAUCAAUAAUAAACCACAAACAUGAAUUUUGUCAUAUUUCAAAUUAUUAUUGUUGCGAUAAAUUUAAUAAAUGUUGUUGUUGGUGGUGGUCCUGAGGAAGCAGAGGGUGUUAAAUAUGCAGAUAAGUGUGAAGUGUGCAAAGUAGUUGUCACAGAACUGGAAAAUCGACUGCAAGAAACAGGAAAGACUCACGAUAUUAUAGAAACAGGAUAUUCUUUAGACGAUGUCAAAUCUAAGACAAAAACACAGUAUUCAUUAUCAAAUCUUCGACUACUGGAAACAAUGGAGAACUUGUGUGAUAAAAUUCUAGAAUACAAUAUUCAUAAAGAACGUACGGACAGCACUCGCUUCGAAAAAGGAAUGAGUCAAACGUUUAAAACUCUUCACGGCCUUGUAAACAAAGGUGUAAAAGUAGAAUUAGGAAUUCCUUAUGAAUUGUGGGACAAUCCUUCCGUGGAAAUCACUUCACUGAAAAGUGAUUGUGAAACUUUAUUAGAAAAUCACGAAGAGGACAUUGAAAAUUGGUAUUUCAAUUUACAGGGACAAGUUCCGCUCUCCAGGUAUUUGUGCACCGAUAGAGUUUUGAAGGGCAAAAGUGAUUCGUGUUUGAGAGAAAGAGGAGAUAGCGGAAAAAUCGAAGAUAAAAAUACAAAGAAGACUGAUGACAAAGUUGUUAAAAAACCAAAAAUUCCCAAUAAGGAAGAAUUGUGAUUCAUUAAUACUCCAAAUAAUAUUGUACGACUGUUUUUUACUUAAGAGAAAACUCAAUUUUUUAAAACGAUUUUUAUACGUUAGUGAAGUUUACAAAGUUUCAACAAUCGAGAGAAAAAAUAUUUGUCACUAGAAAAACAGUAAAAUUUUUCUUUUUCAAUUAUCGAUCAAAAAAAGUAUGUAAAGUAAUUUAAAGCAAAAGGUUCUAAAUCGUUGACUAAACAUUGUAAACUUAACCAACUUUGUUUUUCUAACAUUUGUGUGCCAUGAAUUUUAAAUAAGCUUUUCGUUUCUAAUCAAUUUAUUAGUUAAUUUCAAUUUUGAUUUUUUCUACCGAUAAUAUAUUUUUAUAUUAUUAAAACAAAAAUUCAAAAUUAUUUUUA